GAAACGCGUUAAAACUCGUUUAAAGCUUAGUCUCACAGUUUCAGGGCGUUCCAGCUCUCAGUGGAGUCUCAGACCCAGCAGCCCGGGAUCUGCGAGAUCGUUAGAGGACCCGAGUUCUGCUCAGAUGUGAUCCCUUGAUGUGUUCUGCCUGUCCUCUCAGCGAUGGCCGGUGUGGAGCAGCGCUCUGUGUUUGAUUGUGCUGGAGAUCUGCAGCUCAUUGAUGGACUCAGAGAGAUUUCAAAUCUGCCAAACCAUCAGGAAGACCCCCAGUCCACCGCAGCGCCCCCUAUCACAGUCGGUGCUCUUGAUGAGAGCCGGAGGAAGGAGGACGCUGUUGUCGGGGGCGUCUCAGACAGGAUGCUGUGUUCGGCGUGUCAGUGUCCGUUUGAAAGUCGUGAAGAACAGAUGGAGCACUAUAAGCUGGACUGGCACCGCUGUAACCUGCGGCAGCGGCUGGCCGGACAGCCGUCACUCUCCGUGGAGGAGUUCGAGAAGAAAACAGGAGCAGGUGACCUGUCCAGCAUCUCUGGCUCAGACUCGGACUCUGAGGACGACGAGGCGGAUGGUGGUGAUGGUGGCCAUGGUGAUGAGGUGACCCCAGAGGGGUCGGAUGGUGGCCGGCUGUCCAGCAGGGUGAUUUUCCAGAACUCUGAUGGACAGUACGUGACCCUGUACCGCUGCACGCUGCCCUGCAGAACCGACUCCGAGGUGAGCCUGGUGGACUCUCUGCUGAAGAUUUCAGACAGGACGGUGUGGGUGAUCCUGAUGACCGGUGGAGGUCACUUUGCUGGAGCUGUGUUUCGGGGUAAAGAGGUUCUGCAGCAUAAGACGUUUCACCGCUACACAGUAAGAGCUAAAAGAGGAACCGCUCAGGGUCUGCGUGAUGCCCAGAACCGCAGCCACGCCCCCAAAUCCGCAGGAGCCGCUCUCAGGAGAUACAACGAAGCUGCUCUGCUGAAGGACAUUCAGGAUCUGCUGAAGAGCUGGGCUGAGUAUUUGAAGGAGGCGAGCUCGAUCUUCCUGCGAACUCCAAAGUAUAACAGGAGCGUGUUUUUCGGAGGCCGCGGAGCGCCGCUGGAAAAGAAAGACCGGAGAAUCCAUUCACUUCCUUUCGCCACUCGUAGAGCCACUUUCAGUGAAGUACAGCACGUCCACAACGUCCUCUCAACACUGCACAUCUACGGUAGAAACACAAAUAUUUCCAGUAUCUUCAGUUUGAGUAAGAAAGUGUGGCAGAGGAAAGCUCCGAAUCCUGCAGCUCAAACUCCUCAAACAGCACCAGAGGAGGAUGAGGAGCAGCGCUCAGACGAUGAAGGCUCUGUAGAGCUGGAGAUGGUGGAGAUGACGUUAGACACGCUGGAUCUGAGAGAACAUGAGGUGAAGCCCAACAAGAAGAAACAGAAGAAAAAGAAAGAGAGAAAGAAAACAGACGACUCGGGCUGUGUGGUGGAGGAGGAGGUGCAGCACGUAGCAGUGGUCACUCAGGAGGCUGCAGAGAAACCUAAAGCCAAAAGAAAAGCCAAGAGCAAAGACCAAGGCGCUGCAGAGGAAGGUGCGGCGCUCUCCCAGUCUGAGGUGUGGGAGUACAGUGUGAGGGACGCUCUCUACACCGCCUGCAAAACAGGAGACGUCCCAGCUCUGCACAGUCUGCUGCAGCUGCCUGAGUCUCCAGCAGAGCCCAGGGGUCCAGAGGUCUCUCUCAGUCCCCUCACACUCCUCAACACCCCCAUCGACUCCGCGGGGUUCACUCUGCUGCACGUGGCUUCGGCUGCAGGACAGAAGAACAUCGUCAGACUGCUGCUGGAGGCAGGAACUGACCCAGCCUGCAGGGACAGUAAAGGUCAGACUCCGUAUGCAGUCGCUGCAGAGAAAGACACUCGGAAUGCCUUCAGGAAGUUCAUGGCUGACCAUCCCAACAAAUAUGACUAUGCAAAAGCUCAGGUUCCUGGACCUCUGACAGCUGAAAUCGAGAGGAAGAAGGUGGAGAAGAAGAAAGCACAGCGAGCGGCGAAGAAACAGCGAGAGAGAGAGCAGAAAGAGGAGAAGAAGAGAGAGGAGGAGGAAGAGGAGGAGAAGAGGAGGUUUUUAUCACUGAGUGACCGAGAGAAGAGGGCGUUGGCUGCAGAGAGGAGACUGGCAGAGCAGGCGGCUACAACAGGAGUAACACUGACCAACAGCAGGCGGUGUUGUCAGUGUGGAGAGUCGUUGUUGGGGAAGAUUCCGUUUGAGUAUCUGGAUUUCUCCUUUUGUUCUCCACGCUGCGUCCAGACCCAUCGAAAAGCCAAUGCUGCAGCUCGAACCUGACCAGACCCUGACCACAGAGUGACCGCGGUCAGAACGGGACCGGACUGGAGGAGUCAUGUCUUACUGCCACAGGAGGAACUGGUGCUGCUUCCUCUAUCACUGCUGUUGAUCAGCACAGCGGGAGGAGCUGAUUUUAUACACAGUGCCUUUAAACUUCCUCAGUAACACACAAAUCCACCUGUUCUACAGCAGUUUGGCCCCGCCCAUUCAGCAUCCUGCAGUUUGGCCCCACCCAUUUAGCAUGCUGUAGUUUGGCCCCGCCCUUUUAGUUAUCUUAAGCAGAAUGAAUGAGAUGAAUUAUUGAAUGAGACACAAUACAGAAUAGCCAAUCAGGACAGAGCUCAUUUACAUCCACAUGCAGAGGAGAAAUACAGCCUUUAACUAGGAAAAUGUGGUGAUUUGUAUCAAACCUUUGGAAAAGCGAGGAGUAAAUGAACUUUUAAUGGGCAGUGUGAAUAUUGAUUAUGCAGGAAUGAUCGAUAAUAACAUUAAUGUGCAGAUAAAAGCCACUCUAAUGAAUGAUGAACAGUGACGGAUAAAGUGAGGCACUGGACCGGUCUGGAAAAGUGCAUUAUUAUUAAAAAUGAGGAAUAUGAGGACAGUGAAGUGUAUUAAUGUAAAUCUCUGUUUGAGCAGUAAAUUGUGAUCAUAUUGUUGGUUUUUGAAUCUCAGGACCUGAACUGCUUUAACCAUUAACUGAAAAUAAUAAACAAAGCAAUAAUGGAAAUAUGAA